ACAACAGCCUCCUACUGCCCUAAGGAUGACGUGACAGACCUCCUGUUCUACUUCUACUAAUCCCCCAUCUUCCUGCGUGCCUGGAGUGGAGGGCUCUGUCCAGGAGAGUUGUCAUGGAUGAUGAUGAUGACUCGUGUCUCCUUGAUCUUAUUGGAGACCCACAAGCAUUGAACUAUUUUCUACAUGGACCUAGUAAUAAAUCGAGCAGCGAUGACUUGACAGAUGCAGGAUACUCUGCAGCCAAUUCAAAUUCCAUUUUCGCCAACUCUACUAAUGCUGACCCUAAAUCGUCCCUCAAGGGUGUAAGCUCCCAGCUUGGAGAAGGGCCCAGUGAUGGACUACCACUUUCAAGCAGCCUUCAGUUUCUUGAGGAUGAACUUGAGUCUUCUCCUCUUCCUGAUCUCAGCGAGGACCAACCUUUCGACAUUCUCCAGAAAUCCUUGCAGGAGGCUAACAUCACAGAACAGACGCUGGCAGAAGAAGCCUAUUUGGAUGCCAGUAUAGGCUCCAGCCAACAGUUUGCACAAGCUCAGCUUCAUCCUUCUUCAUCAGCAUCCUUUACUCAGGCUUCUAAUGUUUCUAAUUACUCAGGUCAGACUUUGCAGCCUAUCGGGGUGACUCAUGUGCCUGUUGGAGCAUCAUUUGCAAGCAAUACAGUGGGUGUGCAACAUGGCUUUAUGCAACACGUGGGGAUCAGUGUUCCCAGCCAGCAUUUGCCUAAUAGCAGUCAGAUUAGUGGUUCUGGUCAGAUACAGUUAAUUGGUUCAUUUGGUAAUCAACCUUCCAUGAUGACUAUUAAUAAUCUAGAUGGAUCUCAAAUCAUAUUAAAGGGUAGUGGGCAGCAAGCCCCAUCCAGUGUGAGUGGAGGGCUCCUGGCUCACAGACAGACUCCUAAUGGCAACUCCUUGUUUGGGAACUCCAGUUCCAGUCCAGUAGCACAGCCUGUCACCGUUCCAUUUAAUAGCACAAAUUUCCAGACAUCUUUACCUGUGCAUAACAUCAUCAUUCAAAGGGGUCUUGCACCAAAUUCAAAUAAAGUCCCAAUUAAUAUCCAGCCAAAGCCUAUCCAGAUGGGUCAGCAGAAUACAUACAAUGUGAACAGUCUGGGAAUUCAGCAGCACCACGUACAGCAAGGGCUCUCUUUUGCCUCCGCAAGCUCGCCCCAGGGCUCCGUAGUCGGUCCACACAUGUCUGUGAACAUUGUCAACCAACAGAACACAAGAAAGACUGUCACCUCGCAGGCAGUGAGCAGUGCAGGGGGCAGUAUCGUAAUUCAUUCGCCCAUGGGCCAGCCUCACGCCCCACAAAGUCAGUUCCUUAUACCUACAAGCCUUUCCGUCAGCUCCAACUCAGUACAUCACGUCCAGACCAUAAAUGGGCAACUUCUUCAGACUCAACCCUCUCAGCUCAUCUCUGGCCAAGUGGCCUCAGAGCAUGUCAUGUUGAAUAGGAACUCUUCCAACAUGCUUAGGACCAAUCAGCCAUAUUCUGGACAGAUGCUUAACAACCAGAAUACCGCCGUCCAGUUAGUAUCUGGGCAGACUUUUGCCACCCCUGGAAGUCCGGUGAUAGUCAAUCAUGCGUCUCCUCAGAUUGUUGGCGGACAGAUGCCGUUGCAACAGGCAUCACCAACCGUAUUACACCUGUCACCUGGGCAGAGCAGUGUUUCCCAAGGAAGACCAGGCUUUACCACCAUGCCAUCAGUGACCAGCAUGACAGGGCCCACUCGGUUUCCUGCCGUCAGCUCAACUAGCACGGCUCAUCCUAGUCUUGGGUCUGCUGUUCAGUCUGGGGCAGCAGGAUCCAACUUUACGGGAGACCAGCUGACACAGCCAAACAGGACUCCAGUACCAGUCAGUGUGUCCCACCGUCUUCCAGUCUCUUCUUCCAAACCUACCAGCACCUUCACUAACACACCUGGAGCAGGAAGUCAGCAGUUCUUCUGUCAGGCUCAGAAAAAGAGUUUGAACCAGACCUCCCCCAUUUCCACUUCCAAGACCACAGACGGCCUGAGGCAAACACAGAUCCCUGGGCUCUUGAAUGCAGCACUGCCAGGGCAAGAUUCCGGAAGCAAAGUUAUGCCAGCAUCCUUGGGAACCGGACAGCCACAGCAGGAAAAGGCAGUUGGAUCAUCUCCUAACCAGUCGACUGUGCAGGUGGACAGUCAUUCCGGAGGACAGAAAAGGCCUGCUGCCAAACAACUCACUAAAGGAGCUUUCAUCCUCCAGCAGUUACAGAGGGACCAAGCCCAUGCUGUGACACCUGACAAAAGCCAAUUCCGAUCACUAAAUGAUGCGGUGCAGAGACUGCUGUCCUACCACGUGUGCCAGGGCUCCAUGCCCACAGAGGAAGACUUGAGGAAAGUGGACAAUGAAUUUGAGGAAGUUGCCACUCAGCUCCUAAAAAGGACCCAAGCUAUGCUGAACAAAUACAGAUUCCUGCUCCUCGAAGACGCCAUGAGAAUCAACCCCUCUGCUGAGAUGGUGAUGAUUGACAGAAUGUUCAACCAGGAGGAAAGAGCUUCCCUGUCUCGGGACAAGCGUCUGGCACUUGUCGACCCUGAGGGUUUUCAGGCCGAUUUCUGUUGUUCCUUCAAACUUGAGGAAGCUGCGCCCGAGACACCGCUGGACAGGAGUGACCGGCCGGGCAGCAAAGCCAGCAGCUCGCUCCAUCAUGCACCCAAGGCCCAAAGCAGAGACCCAGCCAAGCCGGGCAUGGCAGAGCCAACGAAUCAUGACCAGUUUCAUCUAGUGCCUAAUCACAUCGUGGUCUCUGCAGAGGGAAACGUUUCCAAGAAAACGGAAGGCCACGGUAGAACACUGAAGCUUGACAAAGGUGGCUCGGUCCAGUACCGGGGCGCACCCGAGGACAAGGGCGGCCGGAGGGACCCCCCGAAGGCCAGCGGGUGCUCCCCGGGCCCCGAGGGCCACCGCAAGGCCUCAUGCAGGCCGGACCACGGGUGCGACGGCAAGCUCCCUGGAGUCCUGGGCAACUCGCACCUGGAGAUGCCGGGCAGCGAAUCUUUCCAGGACAAGGCUCCGAGGAGCUCUCCAAAGAAUGAAGUUUUACACACAGACAUCAUGAAAGGGUCGGGCGAGCCCCAGCCGGAUCUCCAGCUCACUAAGAGUCUGGAGACGACCUUUAAGAACAUCUUGGAACUCAAAAAGGCCGGGCGGCAGCCGCAGAACGACCCGGCGGCGAGCGGCAUGGAGUUAGACUUCCCCAACUUCUCUCCAAUGGCUUCCCAGGAAAACUGCCUGGAAAAGUUCAUCCCGGACCACAGUGAAGGUGUUGUAGAAACGGACUCCAUUUUAGAAGCAGCUGUAAAUAGUAUCCUAGAGUGUUAAUAGUAAACGUCCUUUCCCACCCCAGAUCCCACCCUGGACAAGUUACAUUCUCUCCUGGCAACAGCAAAUGAGACCGGUCUCCUGUCUCCAGCGGGCUCGGUCCUUCAUCGCAGGUCAUUCUUCCUGAUCUCUAUCCUGUUCUUUGUUUAAGAGCAAUACUCAUGGUGGCGGUUAAAGGGAGACACUUUAGUAAAACUCCCUGCUAGAGAGCAGUCUGCUAGGCCCUACACAUUUCAAGUGUUAUGAAAGUGCUUAUGGUCAUUUUUUUUGUUUUGUUUUGUUUGUUUUGUGGGAGUUUUUUAUUAUUAUUUUAAACACUGUCACACAAUGAGCCCACAGUACACUUGGCCCUGGGUAAAAUUUUGACAAUCAUAAGUCAUUUGAAAAGAAUAGACUUAUUAAAGAAAACUCACACAGGACUGAUAGAAGCUACUUUUUAAAAGACUAUCUCACAACAGCUCCAAAUUCAUGGGGUUUUUUGUUGUUGUUGUUUUUGUUUUUUUAUUUUGGGGGGAGGGAAUAUAUGUUAAGGGAAGAUCACCAUGACUCCUCCCUGCUUGGCUCUGUCUGAGCCUCAGGUAGCCAGCUGCUCUGCCUGGGAACCCCCAGCCCUGACCUAAGCAGCUCAUUAGCAGGGCACUGUAGGCCUUCCCUCUUGAAUAUCAGAAUACUUUUCUACACUCUGCUGAAGCAAAACCUCCUGCUUUCCAGCACCUCCAUGUGGUGAUUCCAUCUAGAGAAAGUUCCUACUUGCAGCAGGGUAACUUGAAAUAACUUCACUAAGCUAAACAAAGAGAAAUGGAAACUAUUUAAAAGGUACAGUGUACUGGGGAGGCCAGAUGGAGCCACAAGGAUUACAAUAUGUAUAUAUGUAAAAGCAUAUAUAUGUUUACUAUUGAGGAAAAAAAAAAGAGUUUUGCAUUUUAUAAUUGGGUAGAGUCAACAAACAGUGUGUGUAUUUGGUUGUUGCUGGGUUCUGUUUUGUUUCACCUCUCUUUGUCUCCUCACCCUCAACAAAUAGCCAAGCAUCGAGAAGCACUUUCACUUGAAAACUAUGUUGAAAUUUUUCAGUUUAAACUCUAUAAGGGGACUUUGGCCUUGUUUAUGUUUCUUCUUGUUGUCUGAGAACAGUAGUCACCCCUGGCAGCGGCCAUUACCAAACCACAGAUAAACCAAAGGUAACCAGCCAGCCCAUCAUUGAAGGAAAGACCUGAGACCCCAGAGUCCCACUAAGAGGCCCAGCCCAGUUUGUGUCUGGUUCUCUUCAUGUUAGUGAGCAUGGCUUACUGCUUUAUUUAUUUAUGUUUCUUUUCAGGGAGUAUUCCCCAUUUUCCUUUCCUGUGGACCUGUCCCAGGUUGUGACAUUUCUGUCACUUCUUUGAUGCUCAGUGUCACAGCAGCCAUUGUUGGGAAAGUCACAUAGUGGUCUUAUGUGUUUGCAUACCCUCCUCCCACCACGCCUGCACAUCUGUGAGAGCCAGUGGCAUUCAGAGGUCCUUUUGCUUACUGUGAGCAUGUAGUCACUCAGUUACCUUGCUCAUCUCCCUGGCUGUAGAGAGGCAUCCACUGGUUUCACUUCAACAUAUCCCCAGAAUGAGGUUGCCCCCCUCCGUCAUCAUGUCGAGCAUUCCUUUUCCAGAUUGGCCUGCAAUGGAAAGGAAGGCUUCUGAUGUAAAAAAAAAAAAACAAAAAAACAAAAAAAAAAACAUACACACAGAGACAAUAGGCAUGGUGAAGCACACCUGUAAUCCCAGCACUUGGGUGGCUGAGGCAGGAGGGUCAUGAGUUCAAGGCCAGCUUGGGCUACAUAGUGCAAACCUGUCUCAAAAACAGUUCAUCAACAGAAGACCUGUACCCCCACCCUCUCAGUCCUACUGCACAAAGAAAUCUUGUGAGACAGCCAGUCUUCAAAAGAGCAAUGUACCUUCUCCUACCUACAACCCAGCCAGUUGAAAUAGGAAAAUCUGGACCAUCUUAGGGUUGCCAUUUUUUCCUUAUCUGUGCCAAUGUUCAAGUUGCAAACUUCCUCUCCUUCCUAUAUUAUAACGCAUUAGCAAGAUGAGUUGGUAUUACCAGUUGGAACUUUCUGUUCGGGCCACCCUGGGUUAACGGUCUACCCUGAUCCCUUUAAUUUCACAAGCUCUUUUCAUAGGCUCACACUCCCCUAAUUCAAGAUGGCCCCCAGAAGCCUACAAGCGGCUGCUAAUGAGUUAUAUUAUAUUUAUGUUGCAAAUCAGUGAAAUUCUUAAGAGACGUGAAAAGUCUGGUGUACAUUUGUCACCUCCCGCCCCCUCCUGUCCCGCUACCCCAAUCCUAGCUUUUCUGUGCCAUCUCCCAGGGGGUUGUAAGCCCCUAACAUUGGUUCUACAAAUAGAGAGCCUAACUUAACCAAAAUGAAACAUGUAAAUUUUUAUGUCCUGGUAUGUAAGUUUACUUUUUAUGGAGGAAAGACUUUAGAUAAUGAAAAACGAAGAUUACAAAAUGUUAUUUUACUUCUGUGAUUAGGUUACACGCACAUGGGUCAUAACUCACAUAUCGAGCUCCCUGUGGCAAAGGGUAAGACAGCUCAGCCUUGGUGGUCACUAUUUGCUUGUUCAGGUUCAUUAGCCAGUUAAGUUUUAGAGCUACUUGUACUCAGUAAACAAAAAUCAUUUUCUCUUUUUUUUAAAAUCCGUUUGUUGUUGUGGAAAAGUGUGAAUUUGUUAUUAUGAAUUUGAUUUUCUGUGUCCUAAGUACUGCCUAAAGAUAAAGCAAAUUUUAAACUGGCAAUUACGAAAAAAGAAAUAUUUUAGCUCUGAAGAAUUUAGUAGACUCUGUUAGAUUAGGGAGGCCUUACAGACUGACUUGACUUAAAGAGGACGCGUCACUCGCUGUCAGUGUGGUGUGGGCUUUAUUUGCUUAAAUACCUUCAUUUGUAUAGUAUGCCUCACUUGAAAUUGCUUUGUAUACAUUUUGUAAAAAUAUUUAUAAAAUGUUUUGUAAAAAAAAGUAUAACAAAUUGCAGUUUAUUUUGUUAUGUUGGAUAAAUACUGUUAAAAGAAAGCAGUCAGUACCUAUAUUGUUAAUCCAUGGUUAGGAAAUGUUUAGUUGGAGAUUACAAAAUGAAACAACCAUUGCAAUACAGCCAAAGAUUUGGGAAAAUG